CGCGUGAAUGGCUCAGGGCGCCGAUCUAUUCGUCUCGGGCGAUAUGACGCGACCCGACCUGUGCCACAAUGCCAUAACCUCCAUAACCCGCGCGAGUCGACACUUCUGCUCUUCGCAAGCUAGGCUUUUGAUUCCGAUUCUAGAGCCACGUCAACACACGUGCCCGCCGCAAUGGCACAAUGGGCAGCCCACCGCCUCGAAUUCCAGCUCGGCGAAGCUAGGUACACGACGCGGCCUGUCGACUCAAUCUUGCCACGGUCUGAAAAGCCUGUUGAAGAGUCCCUCGUCACUGUCAUAUUUGCCUGACCCAGCCGAGCUUGUCGACGGCAGCUGGAUUGAGGCACAAGUGCGCAAGCUAAUUGAAGAGAGGGAUGAUGUGUGGACUGACGGCUUUCUCGACGUGAUGGCGCCCGUUGAUCCGACAUCUGCUCCAACAGGGUUAGUACUCCUGUCCGUCCAGCGGCACACAAGUCACUGGCAAAGAGGCCAUUUCAAGCCUUUGAACGUUGCAGGCACCUAUCCACACUCGCUGCACAUCGCCGUCCCUUCCAAGCUCUCCUUCCUCCCAACUCCCUCCCGCCCCCUCAGCGGCUUGAAAGACCUCUUCACCCUCCGCGCUCUCCGCGUUUCGCUCUCCACGAAAUGCAGUUCAAUGAUUUCGCGGAAGGAUACGAUCGAAGCGAUGGAUUCCAGGCUCCGUGGAACCCUCGGGCUAUGCUACGGGAGGCCCAUGGAUGUGGCGGCGGCUUCUAGGUGGUGUAUCGGCGAACUUGAGGAGGUUGUCAGGGCUUGGGUGCCAGAAGGUGUUUCUGAUACCUCGCGGAAGCCAACAGUCAUCCUUUACCCAACAGACUAUCUGCCCGUAGCAAACCCGAUGCAGCAGGACAUGAUCGACCAGACAGUUGACGAUGUAGCGAAAACUUUCUCGAUUCCCAUAAAGUCUCCAGAGUUUUACCUGCGCAACGUUGGCCUAUACACCUUUGUCUACGGCUUCAGCUAUAAGCAUCACGGCUUCCGGAAGAUAGAGCCACCGGAAAAAUUACGGACCGCCCUACGUGAGCAAAGUCACGCAGUGAGGAUGGGAUGUCGGCAGCACCAUCACCCCCGCCCAGCACGACGACGCCUUCCGCCAUACAAAAGCGUACAAGACGUGGCUGUUGCAAAUGAUCCUGGAGGUAGAUAGCCAGUCCGCACUCAUCGUUCUUCCGAUCAUGGAUGCGGUGCCGAACUACCACGAUACAGACCCAGGGCCACCUUUCGCGCAGGACACUUGGGACCCCCUGUAGCUC